AUGUCUUCUGUAAAUCAGUCUGCUGGACUGCAGUAUCAGGGGUUCCUGGAAAGUGUGAUGCUGACCACUCUGACAACGUUAUCGUGCUGUGUGUUUCUCUUCAUUAACGGGAUCAUGUUGUUCACCUUGAGGAGUAAACUGGUGUUUCGUGAGACCUCCCGUUACGUUCUCCUGUUUAACCUCCUUUGUGCAGACACUAUGCAGAUGGCACUGAGCCAGUUACUGUACCUACUGGCUGCUUGUAGGGUCAGGCUGACGUAUCCUGUGUGUGGGGUUCUCACCAUGCUCACUGAUCUCACCAAUGAAAUCUCCCCUCUCACACUGGUGGCGAUGUCUUUGGAGAGAUAUGUGGCGGUGUGCUUCCCACUGAGGCACACUGCCAUCAUCACCAUGAGAAACACAGCGGGGGCCAUCAUUGUGGUCUGGGCCUUCAGUUCACUGAAUAUCCUCAUACGAGUUAUUCUGCUGUUAGAUUUCCCAUUUGAAGACCUGGAGAGCCUGCUGAUGAAUGACUUUUGCAGUGACAUAUCUAUGUUUCUUGGGUCAAUGUCUAAUCAUUAUGAUACCGCCUACACCUAUUUCCUGUUUAUAUCAGCUAGCCUGGCAGUCACGUCCACCUACAUCGGGGUGAUGGUAGCAGCCCGGUCGGCCUCCACGGACAACGCCUCGGCCCGAAAGGCUCGUAACACACUGCUGCUGCAUGGGGUGCAGCUGGGCCUCAGUCUGUCCUCAACUAUUUACAACCCCAUCCUCAUCGCUCUUUGGAGAAUUGUAACGAGGAUAGUAUUUGUGCGCAUCCAGAAUGUUUUGUAUGUGUGUAUUUUCAUGUUUCCCAGGUGUCUGAGCUCUCUCAUCUAUGGAAUCAGAGACCGGGCCAUCAGACUUGUGCUCAUAAACAACCUUUGCUGUCGACUGAAACUCUCAGUCCCCUCAGUCCAGGCUAAGGUCUCCACGUAG